CUGCGCCGCCGAGAGGUGAAAAUACGUUUCAGUGCAGUAUUUUUGGUUGUUUGUUUGUUUUCAUAUAUACGUUUGUAAUUAAAAGAAAACGUUAACAACGAUUAAUGUUUUACAUCUGCAUUCAUGAUUAACAGAACAGACAUGACAGCCGCGGCUUGUAAUCAGUGGACGGGCUUGUUCAACGUCGGAGAACAGUUUGAUGACGAGGAUUUGCUUGAAGCUGAUUGGUCAUGUGCGUCAGAGUCCACAUCUGCCUCUGCUUCUGCAUUCUUAAAAGAUGCUAACCCAUCAUCCGACCCUGGGGGAAGUACAUCAGCAUCUCUCUGUGCCCCAACACGUGGUCCUGUGAAAACUUCAAGCGACCUCUCCAUCCCUGGCCAUCGCUCUGUAUCAUCCUCUGUUUCCUCUCUCCGAGCACCAGCAUGGUCUCUGCAGCCCUCCUCCUCUAUCCAAACAAACCCCCCACCCCCAUCAUCUCUCAGUGUCAUGCAGAGAGACCUUCCAGCUCUGGAUGAUUUUGAUGACUGGGAUGUGGAUCUGGAUGAACUGGAUGAAAGCGUUUCUCAAAUUGUUUCUCAGCCACAGAAGAAUUCAGCGUCAGACUUGCCCUUAUAUAUCAUUUCACCCGCUAAACGACUGAGACCGUCAGCAUCUAGUGGAGCAGCGCUGGCGGUGUCCUCUCACAGUUUUAGUUCCUCAGUGUCAGCAAUGCCACGACACUUAAUCAACCCCUCAUCCACUGCGCAAGGGCCCACACAUAUGUCUACCCCUACUACCCCAAUGCAGAUUCCAAGGCUCAUGCGGGGUCCAGCGACACCGGUCUCGCAGUUUCCCAGACCUGUCACUCCUAAACCCUCAGUUGUGUCGCCUCAAGGGUGGGCUGGUCCUUCAGCACCGAGGACCCCCCUGCAGCCCAGGGGUUCUCUCUUCCACUCAGUGUCCAAUCCUGAUCCCUCUCCCACACUUACACCUCGACAGCUCAAUACGCCCGUCCUGACCAAUCACCUGGUCCAGCUGGUGUCUGCUGCCAAUAAGACGCCUCAGAGACCACAGAGCAGUGUGACACGAGCUAAAAUGCGUCGCUUCCCUGGCCCCGCAGGUGCAUUACCACAACAGGUUAGUGAGCGGAGCCUCGAUGACAUUGUUGUGUCAGUUCCUCAGACCCCCGCACACGGAGCCGUUGCUCGUCUACGAAGUGAGGUCUCAAGCUCUCAAGGGAGUGAAGAAGAUGAAUUCAGCAGGGGUCCGUGGGCAGUUAUGAAGGCUGAAAUGGGAUUGGACGAGAGGAACCCCUCUUGCUUCCUGCACUCCUACAGUGUUGUCAUGGUACUCCGCAAGGCUGCGCUCAGGCAGCUGGCUAAGAAUAAGGUUCCUAACAUGGCUGUUGUGUUGAAGAGCAUCACACAUACGCAUGCAGAUGCCAAAGCUGUUUUUAGAGACCCCACAGGUGAGAUGCAGGGCACUGUUCAUCGGCGCUUGAUGGAAGAGAGACAAGGCGAGCUCAAGACAGGAGCUGUGUUAUUACUCAAACAAGUGGGCGUGUUUUCACCAUCACAUCGAAAUCACUACUUGAACGUCACGCCCAAUAACCUUCUCAGGAUUUAUCCACCUGACGGAGUCCUACACAACUCUCAGAUAUCCCACCCUUCACUGGAGCUUGCGUCUUGUUGCGAACCCGCCAAGCCCGCGGGGGGCCCAGUCUGUCAGAUGGAGCUCCACUUUGAUUAUGAUGAUGAUGAGGGUGAGAAAGCUGUUGAGUUAAAGAGGGCUGAUGCUGGUGUAGAUCAUACUGCAGCUGUCUCUAAUGAGCUCUGUCAAGCACAGAAAGAGUCUGGCCCAACAGAGGACACACCAUGGGACACAGAUGAUCUAGAUGAGCUGCUCGGGGAGUUACCUGUGGAGUCAUAUGGUGGAGUACUUUAAACACGCCGUCACUUUAAAUACAGUGUAAGCAGUAGACCAUGUCUGUUAUUAAUACAUACUGUAACCACACACUUAUGAACACAACAUAUGAAAACAACACCCGCUAAUCAAAUGCUUCAUCACUUUUGUUCAGGUUUUGUGUAAACCUUUGUAAAUAUGUACAUAAAUCACUUGUCCAAUGCAUAAUUUGAAGCAAUAAAUACCCAAUGAGA